AUGAAUAACGUAAACCCUACUACUGUUUCUGUUGGAGCUGGUGUUGGUCAUCGCUCUGCAUCGGGAGAUGCAAGUUUUGGUACUGGUUCAUCUUUGUCGUCUCUACAAAAUGAACAUAGCAAUGCAUUGAGCAAUGAUGCUCUGCAUAAUGGUAUUGAUGCUUGUAGCGAAGACGCUUGCAUUGAUCAGGCAUUGAGCGAUGACACUCUGUCAACUCUUGAUAAUGAUACUAUCAUGAAUGAUAGUGGUGACCUAUUGGAAUUUGAUUUCGAUAGUGAGAUCCAACCCUUGGGAAUGGAUCAUCAGGCUAGCAUGGCCACGGACAUCAAGAUGUUGAGGAAAGGGCUUUUUGAGGCUACAAGGCUGUCUAUCACUAUGCUUGAGGAUGGCACGCUUGCAUCCAAUGCUGGGGCCCUGAAACGCCAAUUGAUCAUGGCUAAGGAAAACUACGAUUUGUUGUUUGAUGAUACUCCAAUGCUCUCCCCCUCCAUGGCCUAUUCCAAUGCUGCUAAUAGCAUAGUACCUCCAGAUACGCUAUAUAUUCAGUGGAAAGGGCACAAGUUUAACAAUAAGAAAUUUGUUUACCCUACCAUAAAUGCAUGCCUUCAACAAUUUCAGGAUGUACUGGAGUCUCUUGGUGUGUCGACCAAAGCAAACUGGAAGAGAAUUAUUAAGCCGAAAAUGUCUACGGGUAUGUCUGCCUGGACAAGAGAAAUCAUACAAAAGUAUCCCGAAAUUACUUGGGGCCAGUUCAAGAGCAAGCUCAAGGUGAAAUAUAGCCCUUCGGAAGCAGAAGAAAGAAAAGCUGCACUCAAUAAGCUAAAGACGCUUAAAUUGGACAACUGUGACAAUCUAGAAGACUUCAUUGACAGGUUUAACUCCUUGAAGGACUUAGCGGGAGUCAAGGAAAAUACGUCUCUUGUAGACUAUCUGCUUUGUGGUCUGGAUAUCGACUUGUAUGGACCGGUGUCUAUGGGCAUUUCACAAGCCCGUUCCAAGGGAAGCGACACUUUGGAUUUUGCUAUCUCACAAUUGCGCAGUGCCUACGAUUUGUUGAGAAGAGAUGAUUAUUAUAGGCAGGAAAAGCAGAGAAAGGAUGCUGAACUGAACAAUACGAUCAAGGAUGCGAUCAAGGCACAUCAGCGUGAUGAGGGCUCUGCUUCGCUGAGCAACAAGAAAACUCGUCGUGCUGGUCGCCACCAUGACAAGCAAUCAAGAAAAAAGAGGAAUGAUAGUCCUGGUGAAGUACUUAAAUGUUAUGAUUGUGGUUUCACACCAUUUACGUAUGCGCAUAAGGCAUUAUGCAAGAAGAACCCCAAAAAUAUCAAAAAGAUAACAAAGAAGAAGAGCAAGUUGAUUGUGCCAAGACCUGCUUCCAAUGAUGAUAUUGAUUCAUCAUCCUCUGAUGAGGAAAGUGAUCAAACUUUUGCUGCUGCCACAAUUUCUACAAAGGACAAGCAAAAGGAGGAAGUCGUAUCCAUGGAUACUGAUAGUGAAUGUAAGCAUUUGAAUAAUGAAUAUUUCAAAAAGAUGCCUAGUAAUAACAUGGAUACUUGUGGAAUACAUCCACUAUGA